AUGCUGUCUUUACCACAAGAGCGACGUAAUCUUUUAGGUGAAGCAUCACUUGAAAUCGCAGUUCGUGAAUUGUUUGAGUGGGGCGAAAUGCAAACCGACCCGAACUUUGGCAAUUACCUUGUUCGCUUGGGCAAUGGUGAAGAGAUAAAAGAUAAAAUUAUUUUGUUAGAUUUUGGCGCUAUACGUCAGUUCGAUGACCAAUUACUUCGCGUAGCUUGUAAUUUAAUCAAAGCGGGUUAUAACCACGAUGCUGAAGCAAUGGUCAAUGCGAUGUCGGGCUAUGAGUUCUUUGAUGCAAUGCCUUUAAGCAUUAAACCCGAUAUGGCAAAACAAAAGUCCCUAUUUGAUCUGAGUUUGACUGAAGAGCAGCAAAUGACGGUGGAUGCCAUGGAUCAAUUUGCUUCCGAAGUACUUUAUCAAUUGGCUCAUCAAGCGGAUCACGAGGAAAAGUUUCCAGCUGAGCUUUGGCAACACAGUACCGAUUUAGUCUUGCAGAAGCAGGACAACCCUUCCAUAGAGAAGCGUGGACAUGGUUUUACUAAGGAACAUCCGGCUGAGCGUUGGUACCGCGACUUACCGGAACAUGCCUAUCCUAAAGAACUCGAUAUGCUGGCUUCUUUACUGGAUGGUAUGAACGACGGUGGUGAUGGGCUUAAUGCUGGCGCUGCAAUUAAUAAACGUGGCGAUAUCGACAGUAAUAAUAAAAAUGGCACCAAUAUGUCGACUGCCUUGGGUGUAAUCGAAAUGUGUUAUGGCGAUACAGGCCUAUUGCUGACCAUGCCCCGUCAAGGGCUGGGCAAUUCUGCGAUUGCGGCAGUCGCCAAUGAUGAACAGCUUGAGCGUUUUAAGGGGACAUGGGCUGCAAUGGCCAUUACUGAACCUGGUUGUGGUUCUGACUCUGCUGCGAUUCGCACAACCGCAACCAAAGAUGGUGAUGAUUACAUUCUGAACGGUGAAAAAAUAUUUGUCACCUCUGGGGAACGUGCUGACUCAGUCGUGGUUUGGGCAACUUUAGAUAAGAAAUUGGGCCGUGCUGCAAUUAAAUCUUUUGUUGUGCCUAAAGAAAUUGAUGUAGCCAAAGGUUUUGCGGGCGUGAUGGAAACCUUUGAUAAUACCCGUCCACUUGUUGCUGCCAUGGCUGUGGGCUGUGCCAAAGCAUCGUUAGAACGUAUUAAAGACAUCUUUAAAGAUGAACUAGAUCCCGACUAUGCAACUCCAUAUUUACAAACAUCCAAUUUGGCUGCACAAAUCUAUCGGAUGGAAGCAGAAUGGGAAGCUGCACGCUUACUCACUAUAAAAGCCACAUGGAUGGCAGAUAACAAAAAACCAAACUCUCGUGAGGCCUCUAUCGCCAAAGCUAAAGCUGGACGUAUUUGUAAUGAAAUCACUUUAAAAUGCGUAGAGUUGGCUGCCAGUGUGGGUUAUAACGAAGAUGAAUUAACGAUACAAAUACAAGACAAUCCGUCGAUCGCACAAGUCAUUCGUGAGGUAUCUAAAGAAUUUGGCUUAGCACCUGAAUCAGGCUUUGCUGUAGCCGACCCGAUCCUGGAUGAUUUAUAUCAGGUAUAUGCUCAACCCAAUGCUCAAUAUUGGGUCAUUGAGGAUGCAAAUGGGCGAGUUGUUGGUGGCGGAGGUCUUUCACCAUUACAAGGAUUUGCUAAGAAAAUUUUGGAAAAGUGUUUUGAAUUUGCGCAACAACAAGGCUUUCAGUCUUGUUAUUUAGAAACCACUCAAGAUUUAUGGCAAGCCAUUAAACUCUAUGAAAAGUUAGGCUUUAAACAUUUAUCACAGCCUAAAGGUGAAAGCACCUUAGGCUUUCAUCUUGGUACACAAAUGCGUAUUUCAAUCCAUGGCUUUAUUGGUUAUGCCAUCAUGACAGCACACGAUAUUACCGAUGCGCUUGUCUUAGCCAACCGCUUUAUCCAGUUGCAAAUUGUGAUGGGGCUAACCUUUGGUAUUAUGACCAUGGCAAAAGCUUUGACUGGUAUUGAUUAUUUGCAUGGCGAUAUCGACUUUGAUUUUCCCAAGCCUGAUGGUUUUGACAAAUACAUCGAGAAACUGGCAAAGCAAUACAAUAUGCGUUUUGAACAGCCGCAUCUCAUUGCAAGUUUUGACAAAUCCUACUUGGGCUUAAAAAUGGUCAAUGCUGACCCGAUUGCCAGUCAAAUUGCGAUUAAUCAAUGUGAAGCAGAACUUUCAGCUUUGGGUGAAAGACGCCGCUUGGCGAUGCGUGUACGUGAUAUCUUGACUCAUUCGGAACAGCAUUAUUUAAGUAUUGAAAAUGUCGCAGAUCGUCUGCAUAUGUCAGACCGUACAUUAAAGCGUCAGUUGGCUGCCGAAGAUGCUUUAGGCGACUUAGUCUACGUUGAAGCGCCUGAAGUAGGUAGCCAUGUGGUUGCUGGCGCUCAGGCUGGUGUAGUUGAAUCCGUUAAAACAGCGUCUGAUAUUCAUGCACCUGUUUCUGGUGAAGUUGUGGAAGUGAAUACCACCCUUGAAGAUGAUCCUGAUUUUGUGAAUGACGACCCCUAUGGCAAAGGCUGGAUUUAUAAGAUUAAACCAGACAAUAUUGCAGAUGUUGAAAAGCUGCUCAGCAAUAGCGAAUAUGAAGCUGGGCUUUAA